AUGGAGGACAUCAGACUCCUGAUCAACAUAGCUGAAAAACAUUGCUUAUGGGAAAAAGACCCUUUUAUGGGUACUGCCAUUAAAAUAAUUUUUUGGCAUAUGAUACAACAGGUGUUGAUGAGGAUGCACCAUCGCAGGAGGCAACGAUUCUCUGAAGGGACAUGCCAGCAGUAUGUGAUCGAUGAUGAGGAAUCCACUUUAGAGCCCACGAUCAGUGUUGGUUCGGAAAAUCGGACUGAUAAUGAAGAAUCAUCAAUUGUGAUCUCUGAUAGUGAUGAUGUGGAACUUCAGGUAGAAAGUAUUUUACCAAAAAAGAGACGCAGGCCUCCACUCCAGCGAAAACCCUUGACAGUGAAAAGGAAAAUUGCACAUAUGACUGAGGAGGAACAACUAGCUCUGGCAGUAAAGAUCAGUCAGCAGGAGCAGACAAAACAAGAGAAAUAUACCCAAGAAGAAGAGGAAGAGCUGAUCAAAAAAGCUAUUGAAGAAAGCCUUCAUAGCUGUCAAGUUCCUGAUAUUCCCGUCAGUGAGGCAAAAGAGGAGUUAACAAAUAAAACACCUUCAAGUGAAGAAGGCAAUGUGAAUGACCAUAAAGAAGAACCACAUUUAUCCAAGGCGUCUGCACCUUCAGCUGGGGACUCACCAAAAAGUCCAUUUGUGAUUUUGCAACGUUUAAGUCAAGAUAUUGUGGAAAGCUCUAGUGUCAUUUUGUCUCCUAACUGCAGGGAUCCAGUUUCAUGCAUAGAAACCAGUCGACAGUCUCCACUGUCACCAUGUACCAGUAGUGACUUUAUUAAAAUGUCGCCUGCUAAAGGAAUUGCUUUAAGCCCUGUUUUUCCAAAGAGGACCCCAUGUUCAGGUAAACUGAUUCCCUGCAGACUAUUUCUGGAAAGAAGCACAAGCGCUGACCAGCCAGUAGAUGAUGUAGAUGACCAAUGUACACACUGUUCAGAGAGUUCACAGAUGGGCUCUUCUUCUUUGUUACCUACCUCUCCAAUAGAAAAUUCAUAUCAAACUGACUCAACGAGCACAAAGACUCUUAAUAUUGACAAAGCCAAAGAUGUUGACUGUGAAGAUGCUUUUUCCGUAGAUGGCAUUGCAAGCACAGACUGUAGGUCAAAUAAGAGUAGUCAAAGUGGUGGUACUGUUCACUAUUACUGGGGUGUUCCAUUCUGUCCAAAGGGUGUAGAUCCUAGUGAAUACACCAAAGUCAUACUCUGUCAACUUGAAGUGUAUCAGAAGAGCUUGAAAACUGCUCAGAGACAGCUCGUGCAUAAAGUGGAUUAUGGAGAACCAAUCCACCUUGUGGCUUUAAGUAAACAAAAUGUCAAAGACGAAAUUCAGGGUAACAUCAGCCAUGAAGAUAUUGGAGACAGUACGGCUGAAGAUGACACACAAAAACCAGAAGAUGGUGAGAAAGAGAGUGGUGACAAUUCUGACAGUCAACAGACAGAGAGACAGUACGUAGCAAGCAAAAGGCAGAAGAUUUCUCAGAGUCCGGUACAAAUUAUCCUGGAACAUGACCUUAAAUCUUUGUCUUCGGAUGGUAAAGAGAAGACACCAUUAACCAAGUUGCUGCCAAGUGAGUGCACAGAAGUAGCUCUAGUGGCACCUGGUGAAAGUGCUGUUUCACCCACCGCUGUGAGGAAUGACAGACACCUUAUGGAGCAUACUGAGAUUGCCCAGGAAGAAGAGAUUACAAUCUGCCCAGAAACACAGCCUAGUCCAGCUAAGCAGGAAGGAUCUGACAAAGGGGAUCAACCUGAAGAAAUGGAGACUGCUCCACAGCCACAGGUAUCACUGACGGCUUGCAUCUCUUCUGAACCUUCUGAUGAAGACCUUAUAUGCUUGGAUAAAAUAAAUUCCAAGAAUGUGACAUGCCCAAUGUGUGGGUGUGACUUCUCUCAGAACCAAAUUGAAAGGCAUGCAGCAUACUGUGAUGGAACAAAUGGACAACUAGAAAUGACAGUUUUGAGACCAAGAAAUAAAUUGAGAAGAGGCCACGAUAGUUCACCUGUUGGUGUUCCCUCUGCAGACUCUGGCAAGUGUGAGACAUGUUACCUAUGUAAAUCACUAGUGCCGCUGAAAAAUUAUCAGGCACAUGUAGACAACUGUUUGCAGACUGCAAUGUUGUCCACUCCGGGGAGCCAGAGACUUAGAAGCAGCAAGCAGGAAUAUCCAGGGCGCAACUGCAGACUCUUAAGCAUGCUGGAGCAGUCAGAGUCCUCCUUGGCAGGAACCAGUAAUGCUCCAGAGCCCUCCAAUUUAAGCCCUCCUAGAGAAGAACAUGAUGACCGCUUUAAUUCUGAGAAUUUGAACCUCGGUGACUCUCCGAUCAGAUCUUUUGUAUCAAUUUCUGAGGUCACAGAUUGUCUUGUUGACUUCAAGAAGCAGUUAAACCAUCAGCCGAGCAGUAGAAGAGCCACUCACCGGGGAAGGAGGCGUAGGAUGUGACUGUAGCUCUACAUGUUACAAUUCAGGACCAAAUAUUGAAUGUUAACAUAUGUAAAAUCUUUUACACCUUUUUUUGCCAAUAGUUGUAUUUCAUUUCAUGUGAAAAAAAUGAAUAUGAAUCUGUGUACACAAGAACAUGUGCCUUGUUCUCAAUGGGAUGUGAUGUUGUUAUCAACUGUACUUAUAUAUUUUUGGGAAUAGCUCAAUGCUUUCGUUGUGUGUUAUAAUGUCUAGCAAUAUGCUGCCUGGUUAAGUGCCUGCGAUUGUAAAUAUAUAAUUUAUGGUAAUAUUUUAUUUCCUUAUGGUCCACCACGAAGUUUAUAUUUUCUGCUCAAGAGAUACCACUCAACAUAUCAAUAUGGAUGAAAUAGAAUAAAAUGCGAGUGACGUCUUUACAUUAAUGUUUGUGUAUUAUUACUUACAUGAUUUUAUUUUAUUUAACAGUCCAGUCACUUUUUCCAUCAAUCUGUGAAACUAUAAGACUGGCUCAUAUUCACUUACAAUGUAUUGGUAAACCAAAAGCUAGAGCAGUUGCCAGUGUUCCCUCUAAAGCUGUGCAUUUUGGAAAGGGUAGAGAUAAAUAAGUUAUUGAAUGUUUAAUAUCUGUCUUUUCCAGAAAGUUAAUAUUAGAAGAACUAGUGAUUACCAAAGUAACUUUGUCAAAAUUGGCUACCAUAGGAAAAAUACAAUCCCUCUGUAAGUAUAUAGAAUAACAUUACCAAAGUGACAAUCAGAAGUACGGCCAUAUUGGUUUUACUGGGCCACAUUUAUGGAAACUUUCUGAAAAAGAAAUUGUCUUUGUUACCCAUUGUAACCACUUACAGGUCAGCUUUCAUUUCUUAACCCCUUAAGGACCCAUGACGUACCGGUACGUCAUGAGUCCACUCCCGAUCUAGAACACGUCAUAGCGGGUCGGGCCCGGCCUCUAACAACGGCUGGGACCCGUGCCGCGCGCUAUUAACCCUUUAGACGCGGCGUUCAAAGUUGAACGACGCGUAUAAAGUGAAAGUGAAAGCAUGCCGGUUAGCUCAGGGAGCUGUUCGGGAU